AUGUCGGCUACCGACACUUCAGCUGGAUCUGCAGCUUCUGGUUUAUUAUCUCAAUAUCAACAAAAGUUAACUGCUGUCACUACUGGUGCUGUUCUCAUCCAAUUAGUUUUAAUGUUAGCAUGCUCACUUGGAACCCUUUUAGCAUUCUCAAUCUUACGACCCAAAAACAAAAUAGUUUAUAUGCCAAAAUAUAAAUAUUCACAAGAAUCAAAACGACCACCUAAAUUAGAUGAUGGAUUAUUAUCAUGGUUAUCACCUUUAAUCAAAACAAAAGAAGAUCAAUUAAUGUCAAAGAUUGGAUUAGAUGCGAUCAUCUUUCUAAGAUUUUUGAGCAUGUGUCGUUGGAUUACUGGAUCUUUAGCUAUCUUAGCUUGUUCGAUUUUGAUUCCUUGUGAUUUGUUUUAUAAUUUACGUAAAGCUACGGAUCAAUCUUUUUCUACUAAUCGUUUGGCUUUAGUGACUAUUAGUAAUAUACGUGGAAAUUUUUUAUAUGUCCACGUUGUAUAUGCUUAUAUAGCUACUGCAGUAGUUUGUUAUUUGGUUUAUAUCAAUUAUAAGGCUGUGCUCAAAUUAAGAUGGCAAUGGUUCAGGAGUGAAGACUAUCAAAACGCGUUAUACUCACGUUCAAUCAUGAUGACACAUGUUGGUUCAAAACAUAUGUCAGAUGCAGGUCUUCAAACACUUUUGACACAACUACAAAUCCCAUAUCCAACCACAGCUGUCCAUAUAGGUAGAAGAGUAGGAGAUUUACCAUUCUUAAUAGAACAUCAUAAUCAAACCGUUAGAGAAUUAGAACAAAUCUUAGCAAGAUAUUUGAAAGACGGUCGAAUUUCUUCUAAUCGACCUACGAUUCGAAUCAAUCAUAACUUAUUGGGUUGUGGUGGUAAGAAAGUGGAUUCGAUUGAUUUCUAUACUAAAAAAAUUAAAUCUAUCGAAAGUAAAAUCAUCAAAACUCGUCAAGCUAUCAUGGAUCGUAAACCUGAGAAUUACGGAUUUGCUUCAUUUGCUACUGUUGCAUAUGCACAUCUAGUAGCCAAGAAACUAGAUGAUCGUCGAAUCAAAGGAGUAGCUCUCUCACUCGCUCCACCACCACACGAUAUCAUCUGGACAAAUUUAACUAAAUCAGAUAUAGUAGCUAUCAGACAACGUAUCAUUGGUCAUGCCAUCUUAUCAGUCGUGGCUACACUUUAUGUGAUCCCUUUACUGGCUUUGGCUUUGAUUGCUAAUUUGGCUAGCUUAACUCAAUAUGUCUCUUUCUUGGCUGAUUGGUCUAAUGCUAGUCCUCCUACCUUUGCUGCUGCUGCAGGUAUUGCUCCUCCGCUGCUUAGUACACUCUUACAAUUGGCAUUACCUAUGAUCAUGAGAGCGCUUACGAAAUUUCAAGCUGCAACUACUUAUUCAAAAUUAGAUAGAGCAGUCCUUGCAAGAUAUUUUUCAUUUUUAACUUUAACACAAUUCUUUCUUUUUUCACUUCUUGGUGUUGUAUUUUCUACUGUUGCUGAAGUCGUAGUUGAAGUAGGUAAAAAAGAUAGUAUUGAAAAGAUUUUUCAAAAUUUUUCAAAAUUACCUGAUAAGAUUCAAACUACUUAUAUACAACAAUCUAAUUAUUGGCUUACUUGGUUCCCAUUGAGAGGUUUCUCAGCUGUUUUGGAUUUAGCUCAAAUCGUUUCUUUACUUUGGAUCUUUAUUCGUACCAAGAUUUGGGGACGUACACCACGUGAUAUUAGAGAAUGGACUAAACCACCAGAAUUUGAUUAUGCGGUUUAUUCUGCAAAUAUGCUUUUAAUGCUGUUAGUUGCACUUGUUUAUGCACCUUUGGCUCCUUUAGUACCUCUCUUGGCUUCUGUGGCUUUUUUUGCUAGUUCUUGGAUUUAUAAGUAUCAACUUAUGUAUAUCUCUGUCACUCGUUGUGAAACUGGUGGAAGGUUAUGGAGAAUGUUGGUCAAUCGGAUCUUAUUCGCACUUUGUUUGAUGCAUGCAUUCCUUUGUCUUACGAUUGGACUUCAACUAGGAUGGAUGAAAUCGAUCACUACCCUUCCACCAAUCGCAAUCAUCAUUGGCUUUAAAUUUUUCCUAAAAUCGACAUUUGAUUCAAGAUUUACAUGGUAUAUACCCUCAGGUGCUGAAUUAGAAAGAGUUCAUCAACAUCAUGCAGAUGCAAGAAAGAAUCGAUUAUUAAAACGAUUCGGACAUCCAUCACUUACAGCAGAAUUAUUUACACCUAUGAUUCAUAAAGAUCAUCAAUCGUUAUUAGGAGUGAUUUAUAAUGGUAGGAUUGCAGAAGGAUCAGAGGAAUUUGAAGGAGAAUUUGAUGAAUUUAGAGGAGGAUCAAGUAAUUUAGGUAUCAAGAAUUCAUCAACUUCACCACCUGCAGCUUAUACUGGUGGAUUGAAAUUCGCUGCGAUUGCUCAACAUGAUUUGAUGUAUUCUAAACAAGAAUAUUUAAGAGAAAGAGAUGAAGAUGAGAUGUCAAUUGGAUCUUCAAAUGCACUUGGACCGAAUGGAUUGAAUACCGUCUCUUCUACACAAGAUUUAAAUAUUCAAGGCUAUAUGAGAGAUGGACCUGGAUUUGGAAAGUUUAAUAAUGGUAGUAGUUCGAUGAUCUUAGCAGGAAAUGAUUCACCUAAAAGUUCGUAUCAAGAAAUGCCUAAGAUGGAAAAUACUUAUGAGAUGUCUAGAGUUAGAACAGCUGAAAGUGAAGCUCAUGAACAAUUAUUGUUAAGGAAUAGUAUGAUGAGAGAUGGAUCAAAUUAUGGAAGUGGGUUUGGAACACCUGAUUCGUUUCAUAGAACUUCUUCUCCUUCUUAUCUUUUGAAUAAUCAAUCUAAUUCUUGGGAACAACCUUCAGCUUACAGAGGUGAAAUUCGAACUGAAUCGCCUAAUCAGAUGAGAAGAACACAUGAUUCAACUUAUGGAAUGUCACCUUCUUAUCAACAACAACAGCAGCAACAACAGCAACAACAGCAACAGCAACAUUAUUACCAACAACAUCAUCAUCAUCAGUCUUCCAACUCUUGGGAAAGACCUCCGGAUCGUUAA